UUUUUUUUCCUCUUGAAUAAGUUGAAUUUCAAUUGAUACAUGUUUCAUUUACUGUUUCUUUUUUUCCCAUCAUAUUUCUUUUUGUAUGUCUUUCUCUUUCUGCCAGGGCACUGCUCUUUUCUGGCUUAAUGUUGGGUCAGGGAAGAGAGCCUGGAACCUGAGUGACAAGGCAGAAACUUUUCAUUAUCUCCCCCGCCCUACUAUUUAUUUUCACAUUUUUUAUUAUGUAAUUUUUAUUUAUAAGAUUUUAAUGCUGUGGUCUGGGAGAUGGCACAGUAGUUAAGGAACUAGACACUCAAGCAUGAGGUCCUGAGUUCUGUCGCUGGCAGCACACGUACCAGAGUGAUGUCUGGCUCUUUCUCUUCUUCUGUUUCUUAUGAAUACAAUAAUAAAAUCUUAAAAAAUAAAUUGAAAUGCACACCAGACCAUAGGAUAAGAGGAUUAUAAUUCCAUACAGUUCCCACCACCAGAAUGCCAUAUCCUAUCUCCUCUCAAAAAUAUAAAUAAGAAAAUAGACACUGGGUGUAAUGAAUUCAUAAUGAAGCCACAGUGAUAAAAAAAAAAAUAAAAGAUGGGAUAAAAAAGAACACGUGAUGAUUAUGAUAAAUUUGUUAGAAAUGAAACAGGAAGAGGUCUGGGAGGUUACACAGUGGUAAAGCUUUGGACUCUCAAGCAUGAGGUGCCAAGUUUGAUCCCUAGCUGUGAUAUUCACUCAAGAGGAGUGGGCACUAUUAAAUCCUUCAGAGAAGAAACUCUACAGAGAUGUGAUGUGUGAAAACUUGAGGAACUUUCAUUCACUAGAAAAGAUACAAGAACGUUCCACCAAAGGGCAGCAUAUCUUGCAUGGAAGUAAACAAAGUAAUACAACAGUAAAAAUAUCUGAGUGCAAAGAUAGUCAUAAUGCUAGACUAUCUCAAGAAUGUGAAGUAUACAACAAAUCAUUCACCUAUCCUAUUCAUCUUCAAAAACAUGAAAGAACUCACAGUGGAGAGAAACCCUAUGAAUGUAAACAGUGUACUAAAACAUUCAGUCAAGCUGGUUAUCUUCGGGCACAUGAAAGAACUCACAGUGGGAAGAAGCCCUAUGAAUGUAAACUAUGUAUUAAAACAUUCAGUUGUUCCAGUAGUCUUCGAACACAUGAAAGAAUUCACAGUGGAGAGAAACCCUAUGAAUGUAAACUAUGUAGUAAAACAUUCAGUUGUUCCAGUAGUCUUCUGGCACAUGAAAGAAUUCACAGUGGAGAGAAACCCUAUGAAUGUAAACAGUGUAGUAAAACAUUCAGUUUAUCCGGUAAUCUUCAGAGACAUGAAAGAAUUCACAGUGGAGAGAAACCCUAUAAAUGUAGACAGUGCAGUAAAACAUUCAGUUGUUCCAGUCAUCUUCGGGCACAUGAAACAAUUCACAGUGGAGAGAAGCCUUAUGAAUGUAAACUAUGUAGUAAAACAUUCAGGCAAUCCAAGAAUCUUCAGCAACAUGAAAGAAUUCACAGUGGAGAGAAACCCUAUGAAUGUAAACAGUGUAGUAAAACAUUCAGUUAUUCCAGUAAUCUUCUGAGACAUGAAAGAAUUCACAGUGGAGAGAAACCCUAUGAAUGUAAACUGUGUAGUAAAACAUUCAGUUGUUCCAGUAAUCUUCGGUCACAUGAAAGACUUCAUAGUGGAGAGAAACCGUAUGAAUGUAAGCAGUGUAGUAAAAGAUUCAGUGAUUCCCGUAGUUUACGUGUACAUGAAAGAAUUCACAGUGGAGAGAAACCCUAUGAAUGUAAACAAUGUAGUAAAGCAUUCAGUUGUUCCAGUUAUCUUCGGUCACAUGAAAGACUUCAUAGUGGAGAGAAACCAUAUGAAUGUAAACAGUGUAGUAAAAGAUUCAGUGAUUCCCGUAUUUUACGGGCACAUGAAAGAAUUCACAGUGGAGAGAAACCCUAUGAAUGCAAACAGUGUAGUAAAAGAUUCCGUGUUUACAAUAGUUUUUGGGUACAUGGAAGAAUUCACAGUGGAGAGAAACCCUAUGAAUGCAAAUAGUGUAGUAAAACAUUCUGGCAAUCUGGUAGUCUUCAGCAACAUGAAAGAAUUCGCAGUGGAGAGAAACCCUAUGAAUGUAAACAGUGUAGUAAAACA